AUGGCUGAUUACGAAAAACAGUUUCAAGAAGAUUUAGAAAGGGCACAGGCUCUGAGUCUAGAAUCUCUGGCACUGGAACAAUUCAAAACUAAAAAAUUACAAGAAUUAAACAGAUCUGCGACAACUGCAAAUGUUUCUAACAGACCAAAGACAACUUCAGUUACUAGAGCUUCCUCAAUGAGUGAAACUGAUUCAAGUCAAAUAAGAUAUGAUCGGCAGCAGAGUAAAUCACGACCUAGACCAGGAGUUCAAACUAGUUCUACAAAUCCUCUUUUGGCACCUCCUCCUCCCUCCCAGCGUAAAAAUAGUACUUCAAGUGGUCCUGAUCCACCAGAUUUAAUUUCAUUUGCCAGCCCUCCACCUAUUACUUCUACAUCUAGUGACAUCAUCGAUUUCUGUAAACAACAAAACUAUAGUCAACAACAACUCGUGCUGUCAUCACCAAUGGUUCAGCAACAACCCUCACAUUUCAAAUUUUGGCCUCACAUGGCUAUGACAUCUCCAGCUACUGCCUUCCAAACCAACAUUCCUUCACAGACGAUGAUUUAUCCUAACGGCGGAUAUUUUUCAUCUCCUAUAUCCAGACCACAGUAUCCUUUAAGCAACAUAUCCAGUCCAGUCAUUCCAAGAGUACCAUGGGGUAAUGCAGGAACUCCCCCAAGUAAUAUUACUCCUGUUACACCAUCACCUGGAUUGGGAACAUCACCUUCUGGGUUGAGAACUCCUGGUUCAGGUGUGGUGAACGUAAAUAGUGGUAGUUCUACGCCACAACCAUUUAUUAGCCCUACAAAUAGUAUUAGGAGCAUCAGUUCUGCCGGAUCCAUUCAUCAACUGCAGACGCCACCAGCUCUGCCGCCAAAAAAUCAACGAAGACCUCCCCCACCGUUGAUAGUUCCUAAAAGUUUAUCAGUAUCUUCGAAGUUGUCUUCUUCAUCAUCAUCUUCUUCCGUAAAAUCGGAAAGAGAUAAAAGUAUUAUUAAAGAAAAAGUAAGCAAUUCUCCGAAUUUGAUAGAUUUGGCCCAUGCUGAUGAUAGUGGCGAUAGCGUGAGAGUCAGUAUUUUACAAGAAUUCGAUCCGUUAUCGGAGUCGUUUUAUAGCUCUGUGAAUGCCAGAGCUAUUAGUCCGGAUUGUUCAGUCGAUGAUACCAUGUCAAUUUGUAAUAGUGUGUAUGAAGAAUAUGAUCCUUAUGAUUUUAUAUACACCGGCUCUGGAAAUAACAGUUUAUCAGAUCCAAUUUAUGCUACCGUAAAUAAACCCGAUAAUACACCAAUGUCGCCUGGAUUGUCUCGGAUGUCCACCAUAGAUAGGAGAAGCUUUAAAUGCGUUAAAAGGAAUCUUUUGAAUAUCAUUGACGAAAUUAAUAAUAGAUCGGUGACUAAGGAUCCGGAUUUACAAACAUUUUACAGUAUGGUGUACAACAUAAGGAAACAAUACAAAUAUAACGAUCCUGAUACAAAUAUGGGUUUAGUUAUCAGCCCAAUGGUAACUUAUCAGUACAGUGAUGGCUUAAGUAUAAAAUUACAGGUCCACCCAGAUUUUGAAGGUGCUGAUUUCAAUCAACCCAUUAGUUUCACAUGUGACGUGAACUCAAGCGUAGAACAUGUAACUCUACAAUUGACUUAUGGACUUGACGCGCCAUCUACCACUCAAUAUACCCUUAAAGUUUGGGGUAGUAAUGAAUAUUUAGUACCGACAACAUUUCUUAGUGAUUACGAAUACGUUCAUGAUUGUAUCAAAUUGGAUGAGGAUGUCAUUUUAAUUUUAAUUCCAGAUUCUAAAAAGGAUAAAUCGUUUGCUAGAACGAUUGCAGACGAUAAUGAUGACGAAACUUUAAAGUUCGAAAACAUAAUACCAAAUGAUGUGGUAGUGAGGAUUACGUACGAAAAACUAAAAAUAUUAUUAGAAACCGUUGAAAAUGAAAUGAAAAAACUGGAAGACGCAGCUCAGCAGUUGGAACGAAGUACUAAUCCUUCGGUUAUGCCGGCAGUUCAACCUUUGAACGUCAUUCAGUCUGUUAAAUAUAUAGUCAAUUUAAUGGGGGAUUUGUGUACUAUUGAUAUAAUGUAUACUGUGGAUGCUUUAGAGGAAGCUUGCCGAAAUUUUGUACCGUUAAGUGGUACCUCCUUUUCAGAAUCGGUUAUCAACAACUGUAACAAAAUUCGGUUUGCUGUUCAAAAUCUGAUUGAAAUGUACUCUCAAGCAUUUUGCGUCGAUUUUGAGCUUAACAACACUUCGUCCAGUGAAUCCACGAGGUAUGUUCAUGACAUAAUGGAUUCUGUAGUAGUGAGAUUGUGUGCUAUAUAUCGACCAUCUUUUGAACGAGAACAUGAAGAAUAUACCAUAACCGCACAAAUUUAUCACGGAACAAAGAAAACAGGUAGAUCUUUGUGCACCAAACCUACUAAAAAGCUAGAAAGGGAUAAAUAUUGGCCAGCACGAAUCGUUUUGGAUAGUUGGUUGGAAUUCGAGGACGUACCUAUAAACAGUUUAGCUCGAGAAUCUCGUUUAGUUUUACAAAUUUUUGGAAGAACGUUAGUUAUGUCAGAUGGUGAAGAGAACAAAAACUCGAACGCUCCCACAUAUAAGGAAGAAGAACUUGGUUGGGCGGCAGUCCAAUUUUUUAACUAUCAGAGCACAAUGAUUCAAGGCACUUUACUGCUGUCGAUAUGGCCAAAAGAAUCAAAUUACAUUAACGAUCAUAUUUACGGACCGGCUCCAGCUAUCGGUAUCCAUCCAGACCCGGAUCAUUCAGUUAUUGGCAUAGAAAUCGUCACUCCUACUAAAAUACAAUUCCCCUCCAUUUCUCCAGAUUUAUACAGUAACGUUACUAAAGGAGACUUUUCGAGUUUGGACAAAGAAACGCAACAACUGCUGGUAGACGCUUGCGAUCAAGAUUUGUUGUACAGGUUUUCACCGGAAAUUCGUGAGAUAUUAUGGGAAAAACGUCACUACCUGUACCAUCUCCCAACGGCUCUUCCAAAAGUUCUCCUAGCUGCCCAUAGCUGGGAAUACGUCCAACUUCCGGAUCUACAUGGGAUGUUACACACUUGGACACGAUUAAAGCCUAUUCAAGCUUUGGAACUGCUCCUACCGGUGUACCCAGAUUUAGAGGUUAGGAAAAUGGCCGUCAGGUGGAUAAGGGGGCUUACUAAUGACGAACUGGUGGACUAUUUACCUCAACUAGUUGUAGCGUUAAGGCACGAAACGUACGAGAAUUCUCCGUUGGCUCAGUUUUUGUUAGACAGGGCCUUGAGAUCGCCCAGAUUCGCACAUUAUUUGUUUUGGUUGUUAUGUCAUAGUUUACCAGGAGAUUCACCACAGAACUGUACUUCGGAAGUAAGACAUAAAGAAGUUGUAGAAAUAGGUAUUAGUGAAUUUAGACACCACAGAAGACUGAAAUUAUUAUUAAGGGCUCUAUUAGCAAUAUGCGGCAAAUCGUUAGGCGAUUGCUUUUUAUAUCAACAGUCUUUAGUUAAGAAACUAAAUGACAUAGCCGAAGAAGUACAAAAAACCAAAGAAUCGCAUCGUUUAACUGUCUUACACAACGCCUUAGGCCAAAUCCAUAAAGACCUCCAGGAAACCCCUACUAGUUUACCCCUUUCGCCGACACUUAGAGUCAAAGGGGUCGACAUACAAUCUUGCUCUUACUUUCCUUCGAACACUCUACCUCUAAAGAUUAACUUUUGGAUGGAAGACAGUUCGAUAAGAGCGGCUAUUUAUAAAGUCGGAGACGAUUUGCAGCAAGAUAUGUUGACGUUGCAAAUGAUCAGACUGAUGGAUAAGUUGUGGUUGAGUAGGGGAUUGGAUUUGAAGAUGGUCGCGUUCACUUGCAUUCCCACGUCUAGACGAAAAGGAAUGAUUGAAAUGGUAACCAAAGCAGAUACGCUGAGAAAAAUCCAAGUCGAACACGGUUUAACCGGUUCAUUUAAAGACAAACCAAUCGCGGAAUGGUUAGCCAAACACAAUCCAUCAGAGUUGGAAUAUACCAGAGCCGUACAAAAUUUCACAGCAUCGUGCGCCGGUUAUUGUGUGAUAACUUAUAUUUUGGGUAUCGGCGAUAGACACAACGACAAUAUUAUGUUAAAAACCUCCGGACAUCUAUUCCAUAUCGAUUUUGGAAAGUUUUUGGGCGACGCGCAAAUGUUUGGAAACUUCAAAAGGGAUAGAGCGCCUUUUGUUUUGACAUCUGACAUGGCGUAUGUCAUAAAUGGGGGAGACAGGCCGACCGAGAAGUUUCAUCAGUUCGUCGAUUUGUGCUGUCAAGCGUUCAAUAUCAUUAGAAAUAAUAGGAAUUUAUUUUUAUUUUUGAUAACCUCAUCUGGUAUAUGCAGGAUAACGCCUGAGUCGAUUAGUUACAUGCACAAAGCGUUGUUGCCGGAGUUAUCGAAUCCCGAAGCAGCUGCUUAUUUUACUCGUCUUAUAGAAGAAUCUCUAAAAACUCGCUUUACGCAAUUCAACUUUUUCUUACACAAUUUAGCCCAACUUAAAUUCACAGCGGAGAAUAAUGAAGGGUCGUUGCUGUCAUUCGUUCCGAAGACCUACAGCCUGGCCACAGACGGUCAAUUAGUUCAUGUUGAGGUAGUCAACUACAGAAAAAGAUACGAUCCUGAUAAAUAUUACGUGUAUAUUCUUAGAGUGUAUAGAAAGGAUCAGAACCAACCUAUGGAAAUACAAAGGACUUACAAAGAAUUCUGCGAGUUACAUCAGAAGUUAUGCAUUUACUUUCCUCUAGCGAAGUUACACAGUUUAUCAACUGGUCUUCACAUGGGACGCUCAAACAUUAAACAAGUUGCUCAAAGGCGCUUCCACGAAAUCAGUCUUUUCGUCAAAUCUUUGUUUUUGUGCGCUCACGAAAUAGCUCAUUCCGAUUUAGUAUAUACCUUCUUCCAUCCUUUACUAAGAGAUCAACAGCUUUCAGAAGAAUAUUCCAAAAAAGUCAAAGAUCGCGCAGAUUUUCAAGGCGAAUCGGGCCGCCUUAAAGGUCAGUUGAAAUUAGCCUUACAAUAUAGAAAAGGAGUGUUUAGCGUUAUGGUUCAUCACGCAAGAGGAUUACCGAGAUCGAGCAAUGGACAAGAACCAUCGACUUAUGUCAAAGUAUAUUUACAGCCCGAUCCGCAGAAGAACACCAAGAGAAAAACCAAAGUUGUUAAGAAGAAUUGUCAUCCUAGUUUUAUGGAAAUGUUGGAAUAUCGUAUGACAUUGGAAAUAAUAAAAAUGAGACGAUUACAAGCGACCGUGUGGAGCUACGACGCCUUACAGGAGAACGAGUUCAUGGGCGGCGUCGAAUUAGAUUUAAGUACAUUAGAUUUAAGCGAAGAAACCAGCGAAUGGUAUUCAUUGAUAAAUCUCAGCAGAUAG